CACUUCUAUAUAAACAUCGCUGUGCUUCGACGUACGGGAAGAGCAACGAGCUGUGUCGACGCUAGCUAAGCCAACACCAACGAAGAUUCGAAGCUCGCGGUUUUCUUGGCUUUGGUCGUAAGCAUCAAAAAUGGCCGGAGCUGGAGAAUACGGCGGCGGCGGCGGCGGCGGCGGCGGCUUCGGCGGCGACUUCAUGGUGCUGCGGCCGGACAAGGGCGGCAUCGGCGACCUGUUCCACCUGCUGUGGUCGUGCAAGGUGGCGGAGAACGCCGCCGUGGACUGCCCCAUCGGCACGGAGAUCGCCGAGCGUCGGCGGCGGUGGGCGCUGUUCGUGUCGCUGGUGGCGCAGAUGCUGCUGCUGUGGACGAAGAAGCCGAUGGCGCUGCUCGGCGGCGGGACGGAGUACUGGAUGAACCUCCUCAACGAGAAUGGCGGCAGCGUCUUCAUGCUCAUCACCAACGCUCUGCAAGGAAAGGUGAAAAUGCCAGACAAAUCAUCCAUCAAUUACCGAUCAUGCAUUGGAUUGCUUGACACAAGAAUCGAUCUUGACGAGAAGAUCAAACCAGAGGAUAGAAACUACCACGCUGCCCUGUCGAUCAUGGCUGCAAAACUAGCCUACGAGAACGAACUCGUCGUCAGAACUGUUGUUCAGAACCACUGGCAGAUGAAUUUCGUGGGCUUCUACAACUGCUGGAAUGAAUUCCAGGAGGACUACACGACCCAGGCGUUCAUGGUGUCGGACAAGGCGGAGGACGCGAGCCUCGCCGUGGUGGCGUUCUGCGGCACGAAGCCGUUCGACACGGAGCAGUGGUGCGCCGACGUGGACUUCUCGUGGUACGAGAUCCCCGGCGUCGGCAAGGUCCACGGCGGCUUCAUGAAGGCGCUGGGCCUGCAGAGGAACGGCGGCUGGCCGGAGCAACCCACCGGCGCCGGAGACGACGGCGGCAGCGACAAGAAGCCGUUCGCCUACUACGUCAUCCGCGAGCGGCUCAGGGCGUUCCUGGCGGAGAACCCGCGCGCCCGGUUCGUGGUCGCCGGGCACAGCCUCGGCGGCGCGCUCGCCAUCCUCUUCCCGACCGUGCUGGCGCUGCACGGCGAGGAGGACAUGCUGGCGAGGCUCCACGGCGUGUACACGUUCGGGCAGCCGCGCGUCGGCGACGAGGGGCUCUGCCGGUUCAUGGACGGGCACCUGGCGACGCCGGUGAGCCGGUACUUCAGGUUCGUGUACUGCAACGACAUCGUGCCCAGGGUGCCCUACGACGACACGGCCCUUCUGUUCAAGCACUUUGGGACGUGCCUCUACUUCGACAGCUUCUACAAAGGCCAUGUGACGGAGGAGGAGCCGAACAAGAACUACUUCUCGCUGCUGACGGUGGUGCCCAAGUACGCGAACGCGGCGUGGGAGCUCGCCCGGAGCUUCGUCAUCGGCUAUGUCGACGGGCCGGAGUACGGUGAGGGUUGGCUGAUGAGGAUCGCCAGGGCCGCCGGGCUGCUGCUGCCGGGCCUGCCGCCGCACGCGCCGCAGGACUACGUGAACGCCACCAGGCUCGGCGCCGCCUCGCUCGAGCCGCUCCGAUAGGUAGCUCGUCGGCGUCGGCGCCAACACAUUUAGUAGUAAACUAGUAACAGGCUUGUGAUUCAUGAUUCAUGAAGUGGAAUGCAACAUCCACAGUGUAAAUUCAUGCCUUAAACACAAUAAUAUGAUUCAUAAAGUGGAAUGCAGCAUUCAUUUUCAGAAUUCUUGAACAAGACAGUGUAGAUUCGAUGUAAAUUCAUGGCUUAAACACAAUAAUAUGAUGAAAAUCGGUCCGGUUGGCAUA